GCGGCGCGUCACGUGGGCAGGCGGGUCACGUGCGCCCGCGCCGUCAGCUGAGGGUCACAUGGGCGCGGGCCGGAACCGGGCGCGGGAUUCGGCGGCGCGGCGCGGCGCGGGCCGGAGUCACGAUGCGCGGCGGGCAGGGCGCGGCGCGGGCGCGGGUGCUCCAGUUCACCAACUGCCGCCUGCUGCGGGCCGGGGAGCUGCUCAGGGAGGACCUGUGGGUGCGCGAGGGCCGCAUUCUGGACCCCGAGAAGCUGUUCUUUGACGAGCGGCGCGUGGCCGACGAGCAGCGGGACUGCGGCGGCUGCAUCGUGGCGCCCGGCUUCAUCGACGUGCAGAUCAACGGGGGAUUCGGCGUGGACUUCUCCCAGGCGACGGAAGAUGUGGGUUCGGGGGUCGCCCUGGUGGCCCGGAAGAUCCUUGCGCACGGAGUCACCUCCUUCUGCCCCACUCUGGUCACUUCGCCCCCGGAGGUGUAUCACAAGGUCCUGCCUCAGAUCCCCGUGAAGAGCGGCGGGCCCUGCGGGGCGGGGGUCCUCGGGGUGCACCUGGAGGGCCCCUUCAUCAGCCGCGAGAAGCGGGGCGCACACCCUGAGGCGCACCUGCGCUCCUUCGAGGCACGCGCCUUCCCCGACGUGCUGGCGGCCUACGGGCCGCUGGACAACGUGCGCAUCGUGACGCUGGCCCCGGAGCUGGGCCGCAGCCAUGAGGUGAUCCGGGCGCUGACGGAGCGCGGCAUCUGUGUGUCUCUAGGGCACUCGGUGGCCAACCUGCGGGUGGCCGAGGAGGCCGUGCAGAGCGGGGCCACCUUCAUCACGCACCUCUUCAACGCCAUGCUGCCAUUCCACCACCGCGACCCGGGCAUCGUGGGGCUCCUGACCAGUGACCAGCUGCCCCCCGGCCGCCGCAUCUUCUAUGGGAUGAUCGCGGAUGGCAUCCACACCAACCCUGCCGCCCUGCGCAUCGCCCACCGCGCCCACCCCCAGGGACUGGUGCUGGUCACGGAUGCUGUCCCUGCGCUGGGCCUGGGCAAUGGCCGCCACACGUUGGGGCAGCAGGAGGUGGAGGUGGAUGGGCUGACGGCCUAUGUGGCAGGCACCACGACUUUGAGCGGCAGCAUCGCGCCCAUGGAUGUGUGUGUCCGGCACUUUCGACAGGCCACCGGCUGCAGUGUGGAAUCGGCCCUGGAAGCCGCGUCCCUGCACCCUGCCCAGCUGCUGGGGCUGAAGCACAAAGGGACCCUGGACGUCGGGGCCGAUGCAGACUUCGUGAUUCUGGAUGACGAGCUCCACGUCAGGGCCACCUACAUCUCAGGCGAGCUGGUGUGGCAGGCGGAGGAGCCCGGGCCGUGACCAGGAUGGCGAGGAGCUGGUCUCCAGGAGCGGCCCUGCCCGGGACACCCCCAUAAAUGUGCACCCAUGGGACUUGGUCGCCUUGAGUCUUGCUUCGAAGUGGCUGCCCACUCACUGCUGCCCCCGGGGCUGAGGGUCAGGGUGGGUGGCCAGACACAGGUGCACAAGCCCCCACACCCCAGGUUUCCCAGUGGGCGCCUGAGGUCACGUGUCUUCUGGCAUGUCAGAACCAGCACAGGAUUGGGGGGUACCCGGAAGGGCCUCUGUCCCCCACUGGUGCUGGCCUUCCUGUCACUGGCCUGUAGCCCACAGCCCCGCGGGCACUGCCUGCCUGCCUCGCGAGUCUUCCUGUGCACUCAGAGGUGCCCCGUCUUAGGGCACUGAGCCAGGGUUGGGCUGCCUGGGUCCCUGUCCGGAAGGACACUGGAGCUGCGUGGUCAGUGGGGAUGACCCUGGCUGUAGAGAGCCAUGUCCUUGCUCCAUGGGGCGCCAAGGUACCCGCCUGUGUUGCCCACUGGGCCCGCCCUGUGUCCCUCACUGCAUUCUCAUCCAGUUCCUUCUGCGACUUUGUCGCCCCAGUGGAAAGUGUCCACACUAAACACCAGUUCGCCUGCCCAGGACAGGCAGACACCCUCAUAAAGCUACACACACGACCACACACCACACAUACACACAAAACAUGUAUCACCACACACGCACAGCCCACACACACCAGCACGCACUACACUUGCACAGCUCACCCAGGUGUUUCUGAUGCUGGGGUUUUCGGGUCCCCUCGAGUUGCUGCGAGAAUAGGGAGCCCCUGAUGAGGGCCGGGGCUGAACACAAGGCCCUCCCUCGCCCAAGGGGGAGCGUCUACAGGGGAGGGGGAAAGGAAGCGUGUCAGAGGCCCUGUUAAGUAGGGUGCCUUCUGCUAAAGGGGUCCCAGAGGGGUAGUCCAGGACCCCCAGUGGCCCCAUAGAAGCGCAGCCUUUGUCUUACUGGGGCACCUCACCCCCAGGGCUGCCAUCUGGUGGCCACACCUGGAGCUGAACUGGGGCCAAGCACAGGCCCAGUUAGGUGGUCCGGUCUAGUGAACCUGAGGGCCUGGAUUCUGGGAGCUGGGGACGCGCCCUUCCUUUCCUCUCUGCUCAUAUUGGUGCUGGGGAGUUGAGGUGGGGGCUCCCUAGAGCCCUCUUCCUGUGGGUCAGAGGUGGAGCCAAGGCCUGCAGGAGGGAGACUCCCUGUGACCAAGAAAUAAGCCCCUGACAUAAACUAGGCAAGCGUGGCCCGGAGGUGACAGAUGCCGUGCCAGCAGGCCAGGCCAGGGCAGCAGCAGGGCUGCUCCUCCCUUGAGCCUGAGAGGAGAGACCAUCUUCCACUCUGACCCCGAGAUGGCGUGUGGGGUGGUGCCCCUCCCUCUGGGCCCCGACUGAGCCCGUAUCACCCCCACCUCUGUUUCAAGGCCAGCUUGCCGGACCGCCUGCCUCCCCUUGCCGCGGAUGCUGUGUGCGGGUGGGCUGCGGCAGCCCUCUGCAGGGGGGUCUUUGUUGCCUCUUGGGGUCACACCUGGUGGUGGUCAAGGGUCACUCGCUGGUGCUCGGUAGCCCUGUAGGGUGGAGGGGUCCAGCCUAGGUUGGCCACAAACGAGGCACGUGUCCUCCCACUGUCCAGUCUCUGCCUCUGGUGGCCAGGGCUGCCCUUGAAGCUGUUUUCCCGCCUGCAACGGGACCUGUCCUGAGUCGGCACGCGGCUGGGGGAGAAGUUGGGGUUCAGGGCAGGCGGCCGGCCUCCCUCUGUGGCUGCUCGGGCCUGGCGGGGCUCACACUGACCAGAUUAGGACUCUGCCCCCAGCAAGCAGCCACGAGCCAGCAGUUCCGCGUGACACUGGCGGUCUUGUGGCGCUCCAGCCCCACAGACCUUUAGGGUCCCACCCGCCACCUGGUGAAGCCGCUGGCUCAGCUCUCAGGGGACCCUGCUGGACACAGUGUCUGUGGGUGUCACUGCUAGCAGCCGGGGAUGUCCUCCUUGGAGGACCAUAGCUCCCCGGCCUCCCAGGGGCCCGCCAGCAUCCUCUGCCCCUCCCAGGAGGAACGUGACCUCACAAUGUAAGGCCAGCACUGACCCGGCUGCCCUUGGUCAGGACAGAGGCGAGCGGGGCCGGGCCAGCUCCCUGCUGCCAGGGUGCCCACCAGCUGGGCUGGGCCAGGUGAGUCCAUCUCCCCUGGGCUGUGGCCCAGACAGACAGCUGGCCUGCCUGCUCUGGGCACUGUGCUCUGGCUCCAUGGCAGCUGUGAAUCACCCCUCGUCCCUCCUGCAGCUGGUCCCUGGCUGACCCUGCCCACUGCCCAACCGUCUCCAUGAGGCUCCCAGUCAUCCCAGUGUCGCUGCCUGCAGCUGGGACAUGCUCCUUUCCCUUCCCCGACAGAAGAGUUCAAGAACUGCGCAGGGGACUGGAGCGAUGGUACAAAGGGUAGGGUGCUGCCUUGCACGUGGCCAACCCAGCUUUGAACCCUGGAAUCCCAUUAUGGUCUCCUGAGCCCCCAGUGUGGACCAGAAAGGAAAACAGCUCAAGUUGUCCACCUACGAUGGGUUGUGGGUUGAUUCCAGUUUUGCUUUGUUCAAUUGGGAUAUGAUUAACAUUAAUCUUAGGUAUAGAAUAUGAUUCAAUAUUUUGUUUUCUUUUAGGGUCACAGCUAGCGAUAUCAGGGGCCACUCCUGGCGGUGCUUAGAUGCCAGGGAUGCAGGGAAGGCAAGCGCAGUACUCUGGAUUAUUGCCAUUAUUCUGGCCCCCGAGUCAGUAUAUGUAUAUUGUGGGACCAUCAACACAAUUAGUCUAACAACCAUCACCAGUUACACUUUUUUUUAGGGGGGUGUGUCUAGGGCACACCUGGCAGUACUCAGGGGUUACCUCUGGAGCUCUCCGGGGACCAUAUGGGAUGCUGGAGAUGAAGCCCAGUUUGGCUGUGUGCAAGGCAGGUGCCCUAGCUGCUGUACUAUCACUCCGGCCCAGUUAGGUUUUUUUCCCCCUUGUUAUCAGGAUUAAGGUUUCUGCUUUGGGGCUGGAGAGCUAGUACAGGGGUUAAGGCUCUUACCUGGCGCGCAGCUGAUCCGGGCUCACUCCUCAGCACCCUGUAAGGUCCCAUAGCCCUGCCUGGAAGGCGCAGGGCCACGAGCAGGCCCUGGGCACGCGGGUUCAGCUCACCCCCCACCCCACCUCCCAGGAGCGUGAUUCUAAUCUGUGUCAAGGGGCUCUGGAGCCCUGAAGGGGGAACCCCAGGCUCUCGGGGAGGAGCCCCGGGCCCCGCGUGCAGGGCGGGGCCCCCAGCCGACCAGGUAGAGCCCAACGCUACAGCCCAACGACGCGAACGCCCUGGGUGCGCCGCGCCCGGCCGGGGUCCUGC